AUGAUGGCAUUCACUCCUAGCACGCCUUUCAAUCAAGUGAGUUUCCUCUUCGUUGUUUUGAGCACCUCCACUUGUAGGGAGCCGUCCGUUCAAAAGUUAUUUUCGUUGUUUUAGGUGAUAACGUCGUCACUGGAUGAAGAUGAUGGCGCCUGUGCAGAUCCCAUUCGGUUUUCGGCGGCGUCAGGCUCCAACCUUUUUGCACAGUUCCCUUUUCCGGUCGUCAAUCAAGUCGCUGCUCAGGCUGCCGCCAUGGCUCAAGCUACUAUGGCCCAAGCGCAGGCCGGAGCUCUGAACUACGCUGUCAUGUUCCCUCCCGGAAUGGCUCAAGUUAGUGUUGUUUCAUUAUCAUUUCUUUGUAAUUCAUCAAUUUUUUUAUGAGAGACUCCUGUUUUUUUCAGAAAAAAAAAGCUUUAAAAAUUUUUUUGGAUGAGCAUUUACAGUAGUUUUUUUUUUUUCAAAAUUGAAACUUUCCAUAACGUUUUACCUGUUCUUUCUUUCAAAUUCAUUUCCCCGCUGAAAAGAAAUUUUUUUCGACAACCCUACCGUUUUUGUCUGUUUUGAUAGCUGAUGGCCAUCUUUUUUCAUAUGUUGUCCACUUACAAGGUCAUUACAACGUGCGGGUCUCGACUUCACCCUAUUUCUCUUUGCGACGCAUUUGUGUAUUCUGCAAAGACAAUACGAACACGACAUGGUGUCAUAUCAUGUUGUCAUAUCAAAUCCUGGGACAUGGGCUAUUUUCUUCGCCGCGAAUCGUACGAAACCAAGACAAAAAAUAAAAAUUGGCUGGUUUUUCAUUAGUUCUUGUCCGGAAAAAUCAAAUAGAUAAGAAAUAUAGGAAUACUAGCGAGUUCUUACGAAAAAGUAAGAAUAAAAAAAGAUCUCUUUUUUUGUGUGUUUUUGCGGAUUGAAGAAUAUAUGUUUCAGUUGGAUUCGAGUGCUCAAAAAAAUAAACUUUGAUAAAUAAAAAAACCUUUCGGAGUAGUUAUGAAAGUGUCGAAUAUCUUUGAUUAACGCGUUCAGUUGGAGAAACGGAAUGAACAUAUUGAAAUUUUACAGUUAGCAACUCAAUAAGCGAAAAAAUUUACUUUUUCUUUACUGAACGCUGCGAAACUUACAAAUAGAAACAAAGUCGGUAAAACAAAUAUUUUCCUAAAUUAAAUUCACUCAAGUCUGUAUGCAAAGUUUUUGUUCGAAAUAUUAACCAAAUUCGGAGAAAUUUUGGAAACUCAUUAAAAUGUUUCAGCCGGAGAUGAUGUCGAUGGGGGGAGGCCGAUUUCCGAAUCUUCUGAUGGAAGGUCCUGCCGGCUUUCAUCCCUACGGUCUCGACAGCGUCCGUCGCAAGAACGCCACCCGCGAAACUACUGCGCCCCUUAAGGUAACUCUUCGGAAUAGUUCCUUGAGAAACAAAGAUUUUUAUCAGGCGUGGCUGAAUGAGCACCGAAAGAACCCGUAUCCGACGAAAAACGAUAAAAUCCUUCUAGCUGUGAUGACACGGAUGACUUUGACUCAGGUGAGGCCGCCUUUUUGGUUGUGGUCCGCCGCAAAACGGGCCGACGUGCUGCAGGCGUUUUUGACGCGAUCUCGCUAAUUGCUGCUCGUUAACCCUUAUUAAACAACACGUGGGUAUCAUGUUUGGACCCCGCUGUGAACCGUCCGAUUCAAUUACGGUGCAGACUUGGAACUUGGCCCGAGAAAUGUUUGCUUGGUCAAGUAGGGUCAUACGCUUUGCUUUGCCAAUUAGUGCAAUUAGUGACUGUUUUUUUUUGUGUUCUCAAAAGUUUAUUCAUACAUUUUUGGCUGUUUUUUGGAGCUCUCCAAUGACGGGUUACGUUUUUUAUGCUCUGAAGACUUUUUAGUUUCAAUUUUGUGGACAGGAAUCCGGAAACCAAAUUAAACUUUUCUUCGACUUAUUUCUAUUAUUCUACAGCAGAAAAAGUCUUCCGCGAGGUUUUGUAACGGCGAAACGUGUGAAGAUUUGAUUUCCUAGACGAUAAAAUCAAACGGGAGACAUCUUUGCGUUUGGCUUAAUUGAUGUUUCUUUUUUCCCGCCCGACGCAGUGCUGUUGGCGCCAAGUUAGAGUCACACAAAAGGAGUGAAAUGGAAUGUUCUUCGUGCAUGUGUCAAUGUUAUUUUCUCGAUUCCUGUCGCAUUUACCUAGCGAAAAUUCAAACAUCUUUUGUUUGAUUCCAACCAUUUGCGAAUCAAACUGCGAGUUUUCGCGCUCACCGUCUAUUGGUUCUUCUACAUUUGAAUUAUUUUUAUCGGGAAGAAAGCUUCAAGAAACUUAAUCCAAGAAAAAUGAGAACGAGGAAGAAACUUAGAAAUACUUGGAUUUGCAGGUUUCCACGUGGUUCGCGAACGCCCGUCGUCGGUUGAAGAAGGAGAAUAAGAUGACGUGGUCCCCUCAGAAUCGUCGUGGAGAAGACGGCGAAGAGGACGACGACGACCUCGUUGACAAUGACGUCAUCGAUCGCCCUUCCAGCUCCAACUCCAUCGGAUCCGACCGCAAAGAUGACCUCGACUCUUCAAUCCUGAGACCCAAACUAGAAAUGAGCUCGCCAACGCCUUCUGGAGACUCCUCGGAAGAUGCAACGACCCCCAAAAAAUCCAAAAUUUGGUCCAUCGCGGAUGUCGCCGAAAAAGUUGAAUCCAAGGAAGAUAAAAAGGUCAGUCGAAGCGGAAAAUCAAGGCAAAAACAUUUCCGUGCCUAGUCAGAAAAAUUUGAAUACUUUUCAAGCCAUAAAAAACGACGACGAAAUCUCGAUGACACUCUAUAUAAACAAGUCUUUUCGGUGUUUGUUCGUUUGUUGAUCGUGUUAGGAACAUUCAAUCGCGGUCUGUUAACAUUAUUUAUUUCUAAUCGAAAUAUGACAAUGAAACUGAGAUAUUGAAACGCUGUGGCUGAUGAUGUGGAAGUAAGGAAAUGUUUGCAGGACGCGCCUCUUUCUGGGAAUCAGAAUGGCAACGACCAGACGAAUGCUUACAUGGCUCAGCAGGCCGCCAUGCAGCAGCAAAUGAUGGCCAUGGUCCGGAUGCAUCCGCAGAUGUUCGCUGCGAUGCGUGUCGCCGCAUCGGCUUCCGUAGCCCCGCCGACUACGUCGCAGCCUAUGAUCUUCAAUCCGUUCGCUCUUUUCGGCUUCGCAGGCUCCACACCAGUACCUGGACUUCACGGUUUGUCUUCUUCUUUUCAUUAAUAAAAAGUCAAUGAAUUUAUAAAGAAUUGCAUAGCCAUUUUCUUGCCCACUAAUCGUUAUCGAUAAGGUAGCUACACCAGAAAAGCGACCACGUAAUCCUACUGACAGUGUUCGCUAGUUAUUUUUCUUUAUCUGUCCUUGGUCUGCUAGCCGCCCUUAUCUUAAUACCUGUCAUCGGCGUAACGUCGAAUGCGAUUACAACGAUUUUUUGGGCCGCUCUCCGUGGAUUCAACCGCGGUACGAUAAAGAGUAAAUCUCAUCAUAGGUGUAGCGAAAAAAAGAUUUUUGGCGAGUCGUUCUCAUGACCUUUUAAAUGAUGCCCAAAGGAUAGUCAUGUAACUUUAUUCAUUUUUUAAUCAACCAAUUUGAGCUGUCGAUUUCAAAAAUUCCAAAGUUAUCUCUGAAACUCCAAAAAACUAGUUAUCUUUUUUCACUCUCUGACAGAAUUUUGAACACGACAAUAAGUCUAUGUACUGAAAGAGGAUUAAUUGAACGUGGAAGCACUGUUUCAUAAGCCUGAAAGAAACGUCUGAAAGUGGAGGAAUUCGGGGGAACACGAGUGUUGUUAACUACUGAUAACGAUGCGCUUGACCCGCAAAAUGAUUUACGAGCUCGGAUUGCCGCUAUUUCUCUGCGCCGCUCUUGUCACGAAACACUGUUUUGCUGGGGCCUAUGUUCGAACACGGUUGAAUUUCGGUUCGAACAACAUGACAGGCGGCUGUCCGGUCGAUAAAUCCACCGGCGGACAGUUGUCCUUCGUUCGUGAAAAAAAAAACACUCCCAGCAAUUAUCUGCAAAAUGAAUCCGAGAAAAAGAAGAAGAGCUGUGUUGCAGGACUUCUGAAGACAGCGGAGCCAAGUAGAGCAGAAUCGUCUCCGGGAUCUGCUUCUGGUAGAGAAGAUGGAGCCGCGUCGUCGGCUUCUUCGCCUCGAGAAUCGUCUCCGGGAGAACCUGCCGUGGAGACUUCGACUUCUUCGUCAUGA